ACUCGGUGGGCCGAUGGGCCUGUUUCCGCUCUGUAUCUCUAAACUAAACUAAACUAAGAAUGUGUCUUGCUGCAGUUCAUGAAAUGGUUUGAAAUGUGUGUUUUCACAGAUUUUGUCGUUUGCUUGACCCGAUACAUGUGUGACCAGUAAAUUGAAGAGAAUACCCCGAGGAUGGCUAGGAGGCUGGAUCUUUCACAGCUAACAGAGGACGAAGCACAGCAUGUGUUCCACGUUGUUCAACGAGAUAUGAGUCUACGGAAGAAAGAGGAUGAACGGCUAGGGGAACUAAAAUGUAGGAUUGCGGAAGAAGAGACUAAGAGGAGGUUUCUAACAAAGCAAGCCAAAUUUAAUGAAAGUCAUUGCAUUCUCUGUCUGGAGCCCUUCCAAUUUUUGAUGAACAGCAAGCGUCGAUGUCUGGAUUGUUCUUUGAACAUCUGCAAAAUGUGUAGCAAAUUCAACAAACAGGCGUUCCGCUGGGUGUGUGAUUCAUGCCGGAUAGCCAGGGUUGUAAAGACUGCAUCGCUGGACUGGUUUUACAACCAUGUGAAAUCGCGUUUCAAAAACAAUGGCAGCGCCGCGGUGAUGCGUUCUUUGACCAAGAGAGAUCAAAGUGUAGAGAAACAUCCCGUUCAACAUUUAGAUUCACACUGUGAAGAAGGUGAAUACGACCAAGAAUCCGACAGUUAUUUACAAUGUGGCUACAAUCCUCAGAUGAUGACAGAAGUUAUUGAAGAGGAUGAAGAUACCUUAGAUUAUCCAGAGGACCUUCGCUAUAGAAUGCGUAGAAAUAAACGCCUGCUUUCAGUCCAUCAUUUCGACUUUGAUAUGGAUUCAGAAUACCCUGCCCAGUCUCGCCGCCAGUCUCUCCAGCUUCCAUCACCACAUUAUGAUGGGAAUGACUUCCAGCAGCGUAGAAAUAAACGCCUGCUUUCAGUCCAUCAUUUCGACUUUGAUAUGGAUUCAGAAUACACUGCCCAGUCUCGCCGCCAGUCUCUCCAGCUUCCAUCACCACAUUAUGAUGGGAAUGACUUCCAGUCAUUUUCGGAGUUGUCUUCUUCUGGCAACGGUGCAGCGGGAGGAGGUUCCAGGAAAGGAUCCUUGGUUGAAAACCCUGAGCUUUCCUCUGUAUUUCGAAGCAUUCUGCAGGAGAAAAGUCAGAACUAUAUACAAGAUCAACUGUUCAACCCAGGAGUCCGAUUUGAAAUUAAUACAAGGAGGAAAAGCUUGGAUAAACUGUUUAACAACGAGGAGGCUAUGCAUCGUGAGCAGAGAGAUCCCCACUGUCAGUCCAUUCCAGGAAUUUGGGUCUCCACUGAGGACGCAGAUCAGCAGCAGUUUUUGCCGGGCCCAAAGCAGAGUGCCGUGUACUACACGGACUUCGACAGUUCUGACAAUGAUGAGGCUGAACAUCUGGUCUAUCAUCACCACUUUGUACGACGUCGGAGUCAAAGCUCCUCACAGGAAAAUUCACUAUCUGGUGGAACUCAGUCACAAGACCACAAAGACAGGCAACAAAUGUCAUCUCCAGCCAGGUCUGAGGCCUCUGGACUUGAUUUGACUGAUGCAGAUUUGGAAGAGGAAAAGCUGAAAAAGAAAUUGGACGAGUUGGCCAGCAACAUAAGUGACAGGGGGCCUUCAUCUGACGACGAGCUGAGAAAGAGAAGUCCACGAAUAAUUAGCUCAUCCAAUGAAGACCUCCACAUUGACACUGCAAAGGUUUCAGAAAUAGAAAACCGGAUUGCAGCUCUGAAUGCAGCUGGGAUGAAUACCUUAUUUCCCGAACAACCCAAAAUCUACCAGGAUGCACAGGCAAAGAUGGUGUCGAACCCUCCUGCGAGAAAAAGUUCAAAUUCAACCGAAAAUAGUACAUCAAAAACUGUCAAGAAUGAAGCACGUGAGCGAAAUAUUCAGUACAAAGGAUCGCUCACUCAAAGGAAUCCAAGCAAAAAGACCAGAAGACUGGACCAAGUUUUUGGGAAACCAGUCAUGUCAAUGAAGCCAUGAAAUAGCCACCAACGUGACCUGCCUGCUGCAGCUUUGAAAAAUGCACAAGGUUUCCAGAAUGAGACUAAAACUCCUCAUUUUCAGGAGCGAUCAGCUUGCUAAAUGAUACAUAGUGCAAAAGAGCUUGUUUGCCAUAUUGUUUCUUUCAUGCAGGGUUACACACAAUUGAUCCUUUGACUAAUGGAUAUCCUUUGCAUGAAAAUAUAUGCAUGUGCAAUCAACCAUGUUGUGACCGCUGUAUAGCUCGUAAAAAUUCAAAUGUUUUGAAACAGCAAUAUAUUACAUAUAUAUAUAUAUAUAUACACAUUUACAACACUUCUUUUGUCAUAAUGUUACGCUUCUAAUGAAGAUAUCACCAUAGCCCAAUUGCUAAAUCAUACUGGGUGACUGAACUGAAAGACAGAUCCAGCCUCAAUUCCUGGUCUACAUCAGACAAAUGAUCUCGGUUGGGAGGCGUUGAGAUAGAAUGAUGCACGCUGCCAUUAUCCUUGCCAUUUCUUUGGAACGAUCUUCCAUAAUUUUCAGUUUGUGAUCUUAGCUAGAAAUUCUGUAUAGGAUAUUGACCUUGUGUUCAAUUUGAAGAUGAUGGUCCCACCAACCAAUCAACAUAAACUAAAAUGAUGAGUUAAGAUCUUAUUUGUUUUCUUAUUUCUAUCAAAGGUUACUGUAAAUAUCCCACAUUUUACCUAUAGAUAUUUAAUAUUGUUUGUACACCUUCUAAUGAGUAGCUAAGUAUUACCACAUAGAAAAUAGGUGCAGGAGGAGGCCAUUUGGCUCUUCGAGCCUGCACCGCCAUUCAUUGUAAUCAUGGCUGAUCAUCCACAAUCAGUAACACGUGCCUGCCUUCUCCGCAUAUCCCUUGAUUCCGCUAGCUCCUAGAGCUCUACCUAACUCUCUUUUAAAUUCAUCCAGUGAAUUGGCCUCCACUGCCCUCUGUGGCAAAGCAUUCCACAAAUUCACAACUGGGAGAAUUUUUUUUUUCUCAUCUCAGUUUUAAAUGGCCUCCCCUUUAUUCUUGAACUAUGGCCCCUGGUUCUGGACUCGCCCAACAUUGGGAACAUUUUUCCUGCAUCUAGCUUGUCGAGUCCUUUUAUAAAUGUAUACGUUUCUAUAAGAUCCCCUAGCAUCCUAAAUUCCAGUGAAUACAAGCCAGUCUUUCCAAUCCUUCCUCUUAUGACAUUCCUGCCAUCCUGGGGAUUAACCUUGUGAACCUACGCUACACUGCCUCAAUAGCAAGGAUGUCCUUCCUCAAAUUAGGAGACCAAAACUGCACACAAUAGUCCAGAUGUGGUCUCACCAGUGCCCUCUACAACUGCAGAAGUACCUCUUUACUCCUAUACUCAAAUCCUCUUGUUAUGAAGGCCAACAUGCCAUUAGCUUUCAUCACUGCCUGCUGUACCUGCAUGCUUACGUUCAGUGACUGGUGUACAAGGAUACCCAAGCCUCGUUGCACUUCCCUUUUUCCUAAUCUGACACCAUUGAGAUAAUAAUCUGCCUCCUUGUUCUUGCCGCCAAAAUGGAUAACCUCACAUUUAUCUACAUUAUAGAGCAUCUGCCCCAAUCACUCAACCUGUCCAAGUCACCCUGCAACCUCCGAGCAUCCUCUUUGCAGUUCACACUGCCACACUUAAUUAGAAAGCCAAUUAAACUGCAAACCUGCACGUCUUUGGAGUGUGGAAACCGAAGAUCUCAGAGAAAACCCACGCGGUCAAGGGGAGACCGUAUAGACUCCGUAUCGACAGCACCCGUAGUCGGGAUCGAACCCAGGUCUCUGGCGCUGUAAGGCAGCAACUCUGCCGCUGCGCCACCGUGCCGUGUUAUGGAUUCUGUUUUUAGAUAUUUUUUCACAUAUUCCAUCAACUAAAAAACGAUUGAUUGAAGUACAGGAAGAUUUAUUAAAUUGAGAUUAGCAUCUAUUGUGAAAUCUAAAUCAGGAUGUGUUGAGAAAUUAAUGGUUGUAACUGUUAAAAUUAUGCGUUACUUUCUGAACAUUUAUUUUGGAAAUAAGAAUUCAUCAAGAACAAUUGUAUUUAAUGAGUAAACAAAUGAAAUGCACUGUAAAAAUUGGUCUCUCAGUAAAUAGUUUAUGUUCGAGAAAUUUCCAGCCAAGAUAGUUGGAGACACAUGAGAUUGCAUAAUUAAAAUAUAAAUCAUCUACUGUAGUUCAGUAGCUGAAGCCCCAUAAGCUUAACUGAUUUAGAGCAACAUGGAGUUAAGUUACAGCAAGCCAUUUUCAUGAUAAACUUGGCCCAUUCCAGAAAAAACGGAGCCUCUAUUCUCUGCUAGAACCUAAGAAUUUAUCCACUAGUCACAACUCCGAAGAAUUUUGCGUUGAAGAGGUGAAUGCCUUAAAGAUCAACCUAUAAUCCUAAUGAUUCCAAUUUUAAUCAUGCAAUAAUGAAUGUAUUCUGUUUCAUUAUUUGAGGAAAUGCACAAUAAAGGUUUAAUCCUGAAUUUGAGCUAUACGCACAUUUUGGAUAUUAAGGACAAAUAUAGUCAUGGAUAGAAUUGGUGAGAAUAUUGUGGUUAUUGCUGUACAAUUAGUUCAUCUACCAUGUGCCUAUUAUUUUGCACAUUUCUAUGGUAUGUAAACGGUUAUUAUUCUCCUCAUUGCCUAUUUCAUUUGUGAAAGUUGUGUCUAUUAUCUGCAAGCUUUGAAAUAUGCUGCAUAGCAGGAUCUUAAGAUAAAUAGACACACGGGUCUGAUUUUAACCCCAACUUUGCACAUUUUCUUUCAAGCUAAAAGCCUGCAAAUUCAUUCUGCUUUCCAUACCUAACCCAAUGUUGUAUCUGCGGUACUCCUGUUUCUUUAAUCCCAUGAGCUAUAAUUUUGAUCAUAUCUCUCAUAAAACGGAUUUUUUGAGGUCUUUGGAAAGUCAUCAAAUAUCACAAUAACAAAUUUACUUUCGAGAAUUUAAGUCGUUGGGCCUCAAACGCCAUCUGUGUAUCUAAGACGGAUCAGUACCUUUGUUAAUUGCAUCAGUCAAUAAACUAGGAUGCAUGUCAAAAUGUAGAAGCAAGGAACUGCAGAUGCCGGUUUAUUAAAAAAGACACCAGCUGGAGCAACUCAGCGGGUCAGGCUGCAUUGCUGGAAAAUGGGGACUAGUGGUGGGAGGUGGGCAGUACAGUGGUGCAGCGGUAGAGUUGCUGCCUUACAGCACUUGCAGCGCUGGAGACCCAGGUUCGAUCCCAUCUACAGGUGCUAUCUGUAAGGAGUUUGUACGUUCCCCAUGUGACCUCGUGGGUUUUCUCCGAGAUCUUCGGUUUCCUCCCGCAGGCCAAAGAUGUACAGGUUUGUAAGUUAAUUUGCUUGGUAUAAAGUGCAAAUUGUCCUCAGUGUGUGUGUGUAGGAUAGCGUUAAUGUGUGCAGGGAUAGCUG